AUGGGGUCCGCUGACCUACGGGGCCACCGCUGGGCAGAACUCCUGCUCUCAGCCUCACUUUUGACCGUGUGGAGCCUGCCAGCUGCAGCCCAGCUCACCCCUGAUGCCAACCUGCUUAAAGUCACCCGAAGUGAGAAGGAUGUUGUUCCGUCUAUAUUUGGUGCCCCUUGGUCACCCUAGACUCAUGGUAGAUUCAGGGAGCUGGCCAAGCCCACCAUUUCAAUCAGCCAGGGCACAGCCAUAGAGCACAAGGAAAAUGUGACCUUCUACUGUGGCACCAAAGAUGUCAACAUUACCAUCUACUGGGUCUCCAACAAUCAACCCCUGGUGUUCCAUGAGCGCAUGCAGCUGUCCACAGAUGGCAAGACCCUCACCAUCUUCCCUGUCCAGCGGGAAGACACCGGGACUUACCAACGUGAAGUUUGGGGUGUCCUCCAAGUCAUGAGCAGCGACCCCACCUUCCUGGUUGUGAACUAUGGUCCUGACCCCGUCAGAAUCAAGGUGGAGUCCGGUGUACCCAACGGGGAGGCAGUUGAGGUGAUAGAGGGCAGCAACGUGACCUUCUCGGUGGAAACUCAGUCUCGCCCACCCGCUGCCUAUUUAUGGUUUUUCCCCAAUGACUCCAAGCCCAUCACGAGCUCAUUUCUCACCGCAAGCAUAUUUACCAUCUGUGCCGUGUCCAGGGAACACGAGGGCACGUACAGCUGCUUGGUAUCCAACAGUGCCACCCAGCUGUCCCACCUGGCUACUCUUAAAUUCCACAUCCUUGAAAGGCUGACCAAGCCUUGCGUCAUGCCCCCGAACCAGACUCUCGUAGAGAACGCCAGCCUGGUGGGCCUGACCUGCCAGACCACCCAUGAGAGAGCUGCAGCCCGGUGGUUCCUGCGGGGCCAGCCCCUUCUGCCCAGCGAGCACCUGGUGCUGUCAGCUGACAACAGGACCCUGGUCAUCCAUGGCCUUCAGCGCAAUGACACAGGGCCCUAUGAGUGUGAGGUCUGGAACUGGAGCAGCCGGGUGCGGAGUGACCCCCUCAAGCUGAACAUCAGCUAUGGCCCCGAUCGAGUGGACAUCACCAGGGGGUCGGCGUCCGAGGUGGUCAGCACCAUCAAGGCGGAGCUCAACUCCAGCCUGACCCUGCGGUGUUGGGCUGAAUCCCAGCCGGAUGCUGAGUUUCACUGGACCCUUGAACCCUCCACGAGUGUCUGCACAGGGGAACAGCUGGUCAUCGAGGCCCUGACUUGGGAACACCAAGGGAUUUACAGCUGCACAGCUUUUAACUCUCUCACCCAACUGGCCCACUCUGCCUCAGUCCUGGUCAGAGUGAUAGGUUCCGGGUCAUCCCUCUCUGAAGGGGCCAUCGCUGGCAUUAUCAUCGGGAUCCUGGCCGUCACUGCUCUGGCCACAGGGCUGGGCUGUUUCCUCUACAUCAGAAAUGCCAAAGGGCCCUCAAGGAGAACAACAGAGGAACCCAUCUAUGAGGCCACAACACCCACCUCUGAAGAGGGUCACCUUGCAGAGCCCGGUCGCACCCUGGGCUGGCAUUCACUUUCUCUAGACUGGUGCAUGCCUAUGUAUGCCAAUGUACCCGACACUCAAGGACAGAUCCGAGUCAUAAAGAUGCGGACACUAGACCCUCCAGAGCAGUUCUAUGAGCAACUAUCUUUGCCCACGAGGACCAAAGGAGAUGCUGAGCGCAAAGCGCCUGACAAAGGCAGCAGGCGCCCAGGAGGGGUCCCCGCCGUUCCCCUCCGGAUCCCGUUUUCACUGUCACUCCUGGACGUCAAGCCGAGCCCAGGGCCGGCCUUUCCCAAGCCAGCCACUCCCCACGCAUUGGUGUCUUGGCCUCGGCCUCCGAUCUGGCUUCUCGUCUCGGCGCCCCGCAAAAACUCGGACACGCACACUCUCAGCCCCCAGCGGGGACCCCCAACCCUAGCGCUCUCUUCCUGUGUUGCCGCGUCCGGGUGUCCACCUUCCCUGAGGAGCUGGAACCCCGCCCAAUCACCGCCCGCGCCGCCCAGCCUUCUGGGAAUUGUAGUCCAGGCUCGCCGAGCCCAAACGUACUUCCGGGUUCGGCCAGAAGCGCAGCCAUUGUCCCGCGCGCGGACGUUUUUUGUCUCCGCGCACCUCGGUCCUUUGGAGGUUAAGCCGAGUGGCCUUGCGGAUGCCGACUAG